UACUGUACUUGGAAACAUUAACGGGAGUUGUGAGUGAAUUCUGCUGACAAAUGGGACGCGAGCCGAGACAGACGAGCAGUGGAGUCUGUCGAUGAGCAUCGCCCUGAGACUGCGUCACACGUCUUCUAUGCUGCUGAAAAAAGGCCUAGAUGCUUCAGAAUGGAUCAGGCACUUCCCAGCCAGAGUUCAGCAUUGGACCUGCCCGAACCAGACAGCGAGGAGCUCCAGCUCAAAGUGGACUUUUUCAGGAAACUGGGUUACUCCUCAGAUGAAGUGAAGGCUGCUCUGAGGAAGCUGGGCCUGAGCAUGGACACUAACGCGGUGCUGGGAGAGCUGGUUCGGAGCAGGACCAGUGCUGCACCCUGCUCGUCCAGUUCUGACAGUGAUGAGAGGAGCACAGGCCAAAAGGACCCCCUGCUGCCCGCCAGCUGGGCUGUCGGACCCUUUAGAGUCACACCGCAACUAGGAGAGCGGAAGAACGCAGAUGCAGAACUGAGGCCUAUUGUUAUUGAUGGCAGUAAUGUUGCCAUGAGUCAUGGCAACAAGGAAGUGUUCUCAUGUCGAGGCAUCCAGCUCGCAGUGAACUUCUUCUUGGAUAGAGGUCAUAACACCAUUACUGUGUUUGUUCCCAGCUGGCGCAAAGAGCAGCCCAGACCUGAUGCCCCCUUAACAGAUCAACACAUCCUGAUGGAGCUUGAAAAACGGAAAAUAUUGGUCUACACUCCAUCGCGCCGUGUUGGGGGUAAGCGAGUGGUUUGCUAUGAUGACCGCUUUAUCGUCAAGUUGGCGUAUGAGUCAGAUGGAGUGAUUGUAUCCAAUGACACCUACCGUGACCUCCAAGGAGAGAGACCUGAGUGGAAGAAAUGCAUCGAGGAGAGGCUCCUCAUGUUCUCCUUUGUGAAUGACAAGUUCAUGCCCCCAGAUGACCCUCUCGGUCGCCAUGGCCCCAGCCUUGACAACUUCCUUCGGAAAAAGCCUCUGGCGACAGAGCAAAAGAAGCAGCUCUGUCCGUAUGACAAAAAGUGCACUUACGGCAUCAAAUGUAAGUUCUACCAUCCAGAGCGGUCAAACCAGUCCUACCUGUCCUUGGCUGAUGAAUUGAGAGAGAAAGCCCAGAUUUCUUCAGUAAAAGAGGAAAGAAAUGCCAGAUUAUCACCCAGACAGUUCCAGUCUGAUCCUGGGCCUGCUCACAAUGCCUUUUCCCACCCUCAAGACAGAUUAUGUGCAGAGCACAUAAGAGACCAGCAAAGUUCUUCACAUCCUGGCAAGGUUCGUGAAAAUACAAUGCUGUACUGGGACGAUCCCAGAAAAAUAACAAAUCAUAUGCCCUGUUCUGUAACGGGAAGCCAGUGUCAGAAAGAGUGGCCUGGGCUGCACUCUGUCCCAAAUCAUUACUAUACCAACAUCUCUCACGAGCACCUUGAUUCUGGCCUUGGCUCGUAUGAGAGUCAGUACUCUGACUAUUCACCUUGCCUCAGCAACUCCCACAGGCUCAUGCCCCAGCAGCAGAGCGCCCUCGCUGGACCCAUACAUGCCCCAGUGCAGGCAGAGAAAAAUAACACGUGCCAGUCUUGCAGUCGCUGUUCCCAUGUAGCGCCCUCAGCUGCUCACCAGCAACACCACAGACACCCUGACCCUGAGUGUCACCCUAAAUAUGACACCUACCCUCCUCACAUGUUCCCGCCUGGUGUGCCACAACAAAACAGCCUUCCUAGCCAGCUUCAUUACAGCACAGCCCCACAUCAUCAGCAGAACUACUGGUCAGAUCCCUUUCAGGGGCUUCUCCAAGCCAGGUCAAGUAGUCUCCCCUCUUCAGUCCCUUCCCCACACUCCCACAACUCACACUGCUCUUACAAAGGCCAGCAGUACCACGCCUGGGGCCAACAGCAGUCCUCCUCUGCUGUGUUUAACCCAAAAAGGGUGGAAAUCCGCAAGAAUCUGCAAGCCAUCUUCAACCCACAGCAGGUCGAUACAGUCAUGGAAAUGUUUCCACAUGUGAUGAAUGCGGAGAAACUGGCUGCAGAGAUCCUUAACCUGAAGGCUCAGAGAGGGAUAUUCUGAUUAUUACUGUGACAACUUCCUUCCUUUGCUUCUUCUCCAGUCAGACCUACAUGAUACUUGUGCUGACAGAGCAAGUAGGGAAUCUCUUGAGAAGCUGUUUUAGUGCCUAGAGUUGAGUGAUUUGAAAGCUUAUUGAAGAGAUGUUUAAUUCUAUGUAAUGUGCCAUUACAUUGCCUUCCUAUUUAUGAAUAGUUGAGACAAUCUGUUUUAUGCAUUUGUAUGACGCUGUAGUCAAAUGUGACCCUGUCAUCCAGUGUUUUGGAUGAAAAGUGCCUCUAGACCAAAACUGAGUUUCUAGAGUUUUGUCUGUUGAUGCAUAUUGUGUCAAAUGUGAUAUAUUGUAAUCUUUAUCCAAGAACAUUUUUGUCAAGUGUUGAGGAAUUGCUGUGUAAAGUAUUAGUUUUUUUUCUUCUUUUACUGCAGUUCUCAAAAAAAGAUUGUUCAAUAUUAUCCUGUGAGGUGUAGCUACAGCAUAUUUAGAUAUACAGAAGCCACCCAGCGUGUAGGUUACACUCCAUCCAGCUGAGGAUCCACACUACCAAGUGGUAUUUACAGUAAAUACUAUCCUAACAAGGAAACUGAGAAGACACUAUCAAAAGGAAUUUGCUGGUGUGUAAUAACCAUUUCCUGUAAAUCGACAUCAGUUUCAUGAAACAUUGUCAGAUCAAGUGUUGCUAUAAUACCUCACAUGUAUUUGGGUCACUGUCAUUGAAAAAUGAAAUUGUAAAAUUUGGAAUUUAGUUCUCAUGAACGUUUAGAUUUAUUUUCUCUUAGAAAAAUCACUUUGUUAAUGUAUACUGUAAGAUAAAUGUAUAGUAAGCAUGUCUAGAAAAAAGCAUGCCAAUAAAGAUUUAAAGAUG